AUGUUAGCAUCCGGCUUUAGCAAUGCGACUCUCACUAAAUAUACUCUCGUCUUCAUUGUCUCGUCCUCCAUUGCGGUGAGCAUCGCAGACACGAAGUAUCUCUUCUACAUCCAAGUCGUGCCGCAUCUAUGGAGCUACUGGCAGUGGUGGAGGGUUUUAAUUUGGCAGAUGUGCUACACCAAUUCUACAGAAGUUCUGCAGGCAUGUAUGGUUCUCUACAAUCUGCGCGUGGUGGAACGAUUAUGGGGAACAAGGAAGCUUGCUUCUCCAUUGCAAGCUAAAUCACCUCUAACCCUGCGACAGAGCUUCAUCGUCUCGACACUUCCCUAUACUACCCUCCUCCCGCCUCUACUGCUAUCCCUCCUCCUCCUCCCCCUCACCCUAAACACCCUCAACUACCUCCCUGCCGGCCCAACCGCAAUCCUCUUCGCCCUUUUGGCCCAAUAUCACGCCGCCAUUCCAACAACCUACAAAUAUCACAUAUCUACCUCCACCGGCGCUUCCAAUUCCCAGGCCCUAACCCUCCGCUUCAGCGACAAAUCCACAGUCUACUUCCUCGCCUUCCAGCUCUCCCUCUCCCAGUUCCCACACUCCCUCCUCCCUGCAGCCGUAGGCUGGAUAAUUGGCUGCGCCUGGCGUGCAGAGCUUCUCCCGGGCCGGUUCUCCUCUCCAUCCUGGCGGAUUCCACCCUGGGUCUACGGCGGUCAGGAAAGUGCGUUUGAUCGACGUCAGCGGAGUGACAUUACAGGACAAACCCAAACAUCACACGGAUCAGAGGCAGAACGCUACGAAGGGCUGCGGCGACGAUUAGAGGGCGAGAGUCGUGCUGCUGCAGCGGCGACGGGGGAAAGAGUCUACGGAAGUGGAAGUGGAGUUGACGGUGGGGAUACGCAGCGACGGGGCCCGUUGGCCGGACAGAUAUUAGAUCGAUUUCGAGGGGCGUUUUAG